GCCGGUGGAGGACCCGGCUGUUUGGGCGGAAGUGCUGGUCGGGAUGCUUCGGUGAAAGCCCUUGUUUCCCGAGGGUCCGCGGCGGUGCGGGCCGCUGACGGCCGCCAUGAGCCGGCUCCAGGAUGACUACGAUCCCUACGCUCUGGAGGAGCCGAGCGACGAGGAGCCCGCGUUGAGCAGCUCUGAAGAUGAAGUGGAUGUGCUUUUACAUGGAACCCCUGACCAAAAACGCAAACUCAUCAGAGAAUGUCUUACUGGAGAAAGUGAAUCAUCUAGUGAAGAUGAGUUUGAAAAAGAAAUGGAAGCCGAAUUAAAUUCCACCAUAAAAACAAUGGAGGACAAGUUAUCUUCUCUGGGAACCGGGUCUUCCUCAGGAAAUGAGAAAAUUGGAACAGCACCAACAAAGUACUAUGAUGAUAUAUAUUUUGAUUCUGAUUCUGAGGAUGAAGACAAAGCAGCACAAGUGACCAAGAAAAAAAAGAAGAAACGGCACAGGAUUCCAACAAAUGAUGAAUUACUAUAUGAUCCUGAAAAAGAUAAUAGAGACCAAGCGUGGGUUGAUGCACAGAGAAGAGGUUACCAUGGUUUUGGACUACGGAGGGCACACCAGCAACAACAGCCAGUUCCAAACAGUGAUGCCGUCUUGAAUUGUCCUGCUUGCAUGACCACUCUGUGCCUUGAUUGUCAAAGGCAUGAAUCCUACAAAACUCAAUAUAGAGCCAUGUUUGUGAUGAAUUGCUCUGUCAACAAAGAGGAGAUUCUAAGGUAUAAAACUCCAGAAAACAGGAAGAAAAGGCGGGGCUAUAAGAAGAUGAAGUCUAACCGUGAGGAUCCUGCAGAGCAGGCAGAGACAGAAGAGGAGGAAAUCUACCAUCCAGUCAUGUGCACAGAAUGUUCCACUGAAGUGGCAGUCUAUGACAAGGAUGAAGUCUUUCACUUUUUCAAUGUUUUAGCAAGCCAUUCCUAAACAGCAUAGCUGGCAUUUAGUUUCCCAGUGUGAUUUACAAGGCAAAUAUGGACAGUUACUUUCCUUUUACCUAUUCAUAUCAUUAAAUGAUUAUGACU